AUGCCAGUUGAUAUAAACCGGCUGACGGACGGUUGGCUGGAGCUGGAAAGCGAUCCCGGGUUGUUCACACUGCUGAUGGAGGACUUUGGUGUGAAAGGCGUACAGGUGGAUGAAAUCUACGAUCUGCAGAAAAAUCUCGAGGGUCAAGUAUAUGGAUUCAUUUUUCUGUUCCGCUGGAUCGAAGAACGAAGGGCCCGGCGAAAGAUUGUGGAAACGACGGACAUCUACGUGAAGGAUGAGGAUGCAGUGAACAACAUUUUCUUCGCCCAGCAGGUGGUUCCGAACAGCUGCGCAACACAUGCCCUGCUGUCGGUGCUGCUGAACUGUUCCGAUAUUGAUCUCGGCCAGACGCUUAGCCGGCUAAAGGUGCACACGAAAGGUAUGAGUCCGGAAAAUAAGGGCUGGGCUAUUGGUAAUACACCGGAGCUGGCCUGCGCACAUAAUUCGCAUGCGAUGCCCCAAGCCCGGCGUAGGAUGGAUCGAAAUUCGGGCGUAAGCACCGGGCGAUUCACUGGUGAAGCAUUCCAUUUUGUUUCGUUCGUUCCUAUCGAUGGUCGGCUGUUCGAGUUGGAUGGAUUGAAACCGUUCCCGAUGGAUCAUGGACCGUGGGGAGAGAAGGAAGCAUGGACGGAUAAGUUUCGUCGCGUGAUGUCCGACAGGCUCGGUAUCACUACCGGUGAGCAGGACAUUCGCUUCAAUUUAAUGGCGGUGGUUCCGGAUCGACGGAUUGCCAUUACGCACAAGCUGAAAAUGUUGCGGACAAACCAAACGAUCGUGUCCGCCGCGCUGGAGAAGCUGUUAACAUCAGAAAAGAAAGAAGCAUCAUCUUCGACGUCUACAAGCGAAUCGCGUCCAACGGGGACAAGCGUCAAGAAGGAACUGGAAGAAUCGACACCUGUGAAACUAUCCGACGAGUACUCGGAAUUGCUCGCCAUCAAGGAAGAAAAGCAACCGGAUCAACCUUCCUCAUCGUCCUCGUCGGUGUCGGUGUCGAAGGAACUGGAAUCGUUCGUAUCGAUGAACAAUUCUUCGGAUUCGGUCGAAAUUAUCGGUGAAUCCGAAGUCAAGCAGGAACGAGAUCCUGCACCACCCUCACCGCCAUCUUCAUUUAUCGGUGCUGGUACAUUCUCACCGAAGGAUUUACUUUCACUGCUGAAAAACCUUGAAUCAGAAAUCACAAUCACGGAACAGCAUCUGUGCGAUGAAAAUGAAAAGCGUGAACGGUUCAAGCUGGAUGACUGCCGUCGGACGCACAACUACGACGAGUUCAUCUGUACCUUCCUAUCGAUGUUGGCCCAUCAGGGUGUGCUGGCCGAGCUGGUCUCGCAGGAUCUCAUUGCAACGAGGAAGCCAAGCAUGGGCGGAAUUCAAAACAGCGCUAGCCGUGCGAUCUCAAGAAGCUAUAAGAAAGCGGCGUCCACCAACGGAACGUCUCCGAAAACGCCGGGUUCCAAGCGGCGCCGUGGUAGAGCAAAGUGUCGCAAACGAAAGUAG